AAUUUCAUAAGUUCAUGGACACAUGUUAACAUUUUUUACUAUAAAUUAUAUAAUGUUGAAAUAAGUGACAAAUUCUGUUUUUCUUUUUUUGUACAAGUGAGAAAUUCUUUUUACCUUAACUAUGAACUAACACAUGGAAUGAUUAAUUUCACAACUUUAUGUAAAUAUUUUUGGCCCUACAUUUUUCACGCUUAUCAUAUCAGCACUAUCGUUCACAUGUAUUCUAGAAACGACUAGCUACUACAGCACGUGUCAACUCUAUUUUUUCCUAUAAAUACACGUCUCUCCCUUAUGUGAUAAGUUUCAAGCGCCGCCACCGUUGUUCUUCUUAGUAUUCUUCGAUAUAGCUAGCUAGGGAGAACCAGACAAUAUACAAAUUUCAUUAAUUACCAAAUCAUAGAUCUUAGUACAAAAUCUUUAGGAAUCACAUACACUGAAAAAAACAAUGGCAUCAGAGCUUCAAUUGCCACCGGGCUUCAGAUUCCAUCCUACGGAUGAGGAGCUCGUGAUGCACUAUCUCUGCCGGAAAUGCACUUCUCAACCUAUCGCCGUUCCGAUCAUCGCCGAAAUUGAUCUCUAUAAAUAUGAUCCUUGGGACCUUCCUGGUAUGGCUUCUUAUGGAGAAAAGGAAUGGUACUUUUUCUCGCCACGAGACAGAAAAUAUCCGAACGGUUCAAGGCCGAACCGGGCGGCUGGGUCUGGAUAUUGGAAGGCAACCGGGGCGGAUAAACCGAUAGGUCAUCCUAAACCGGUUGGGAUCAAAAAAGCGUUGGUGUUUUACGCGGGUAAAGCACCAAAAGGUGAUAAAACCAAUUGGAUUAUGCAUGAGUAUCGUUUGGCUGACGUAGAUCGAUCCAUUCGCAAAAAGAACAGCUUAAGGUUGGAUGAUUGGGUGCUUUGCCGUAUUUACAACAAGAAGGGUACUAUCGAGAAACAACCAAGCAGCGGUGUUGUUAGCCGGAAAAUUGAACACUCGGAAUUUGAAGACAAGAAGCCGGAGAUUCUGAAACGUGGAGGCGGUCUUCCACCGCAUCCUCCACCACAAACAACAGCGGGAAUUAGGGAUUACAUGUAUUAUGACAAUUCGGAUUCUAUCCCUAAGCUGCACACCGAUUCGAGCUGCUCAGAACACGUGGUGUCACCGGAGUUUGCUAGUGAGGUGCAAAGCGAGCCUAAGUGGAACGAGUGGGAAAAGAACCUUGAAUUUCCUUUUAAUUACGUGGAUGCAACUCUUAACAGUGGUUUUGGAUCCCAAUUUCAGACCAAUAAUCAGAUGUCUCCUUUGCAGGAUAUGUUCAUGUACCUACCCAAAUCCUUUUGAACAUUUGAAAGAUAUAAAGACUGAAAAACUUGUGACACCAAUGAGCCUAGGUGGCACACAAUCGGAAUCACUGCAUCGCACGGUAGCACGAGACAAAAUGUUGGAAUCAGAUCAUUUGUAGUCAACAUUCACCGCAUUUACGUCAUUGAAACAUCAGUGGUUCGAUCAAAUUCAAGAUGUUUUUGAAUUCGUGAAUGUGACAAUGUUGAUUGCAUGGAGAUCAAAUUCCAAAAUGUCAAUGACUGUGCCUGUGCGAGCGUAAAUUUCCUAAGCCUAAGCCAAAGGAAGAUAUGGGAAGGGAAAAAUUAAACCAAAUGAAGCUGCAAAUGCAUGUGUUGGGGUUACUAUUGUGCAUUGUUUGGUACAUCCCUGUAUGAUAAGGAUGUGACCAAGGGUGCAUGUUUUAUCUGUCUCUAGGAUUAGCAUGUUCAUAGUUAUUGUAGGAUGUAGGUAGGGCAUAUAGCAUGUUCAUGUUGAUAGAAUGUCAAUUUUGACAUCCUAAAUUAAUAUACUCUCACUAUGCAUCUUCUACUAUAGUA